ACGGUGGUGCCUGAGGGACCGACGGAGAUGACAGAAGACCCUGAACGCCUUGGGGGCGUACGCCGGAGGAAACCACAGCGGGGCUUUUUUUGAGCUUGUGUGCUUUGUCAAUAAAUGGAUGCUUACGACGUGUGACAGUUAAGCUCGCGAGCUUGCCACCGUGCGCUUACCUUGGCAGCACUGCAUAAACAGCUCCCUGAGGUUUCGUAACCUUGGUGUAUCCGUGUCUCACAGCUGUGUCCCCUCGACGUGUGGCUGUGCUUUGGUGAGUGGCGUUCAUUAUUGUUGUUGCGUGUUUUUGUGUGCCCUGGCGAGAAUGUCGGAGCUUGAAUUAGAGCAACGAACAAAGAUUAAAUUUCUUGUUAAACUUGGCAAGAGUGGAAGUGAAAUCAGGGACAUGUUAGCCCAAGUUUAUGGGGAUAAUGCCAUGAAGAAAACCGCAGUGUACAAGUGGAUUAAACGUUUUUCUGAGGGGAGAGAACGCGUCACUGAUGAAGAGAGGUCAGGGCGGCCAGUGACGAGCAGAACUGACGAAAACAUUGAAAAAAUUCGUCGAAUUGUGCGUCAAAAUCGUCGGCUGACUGUGAGAAGCAUAGCAGACCAAGUAAACAUCGAUAGAGAAACAGUUAGGAAAAUCUUAACUCAGAAUCUUGGCAUGAGACAGAAUUCACUCUGUGAGAGUUGUCACAAUCAAAAUGAAGUCACUUGUGAUAAAAACCCUGACACACAGAGCUAAGGAAGGCCAUGAAAAGAAGAUUCUUAUGCACAGAUGCUUGAUAAUAAGAACUAUCACAAAAGACCCUGCAAAAACUACAACCUUGCACAGAGCAUAAAAAUCUUAAAGAAAAAAAUAAUUCUGAGAGAACAUCUGCCCAGCAGCUGCCUUUCCAACCUCAGACUGGUGCCACACUUGUUAUUGAUUCUUAUAGCCAAGGAUAAUUAUCUCAAAAAUACCAUGUAAUUCUCUUCGUUUUUCCUUUGUGUUCCUUUACUUACCCAAUAUACACAUAGCUAGUACUGUGGCAUGUACACAUAUAUAUUCCCAUUGCAAUGCCUAGCCUUGAAUAAAUGUAAUUUUCCUUUAGAGAGCCUUUCUCUGUUAGUUAGGUUGAUACUUCUUUUAUAAAUUAUCUGUUCAUUUCCGUUAUUUCUUUUUUUCCAUUCGGAGUUUAUUCCUUUCUUACUGAUACAUUUAUGAAGUCAUUCUUCGUAUAUUAAUGCUAUUAACCCUUUGUCACGUGUUUCAAGUACUUCUACCCCUUUUUCACUCGUCUUGCUUUUCACAGUAUUUUGAAAUAUUCUUUAUGUUCUUUUUAAAAAUUUUCCCUUUUUUUAUUUGUAAAACUCUGUGAUUAUAUAUAUUCAGAUCUUUAUGGUUUCAGACAUGUACAGUGCUUCAAAUAUCACUCCAUAUUUCAAGAUUAUAUAAACAUUCACCUACA